GCUGCCUGCGUCGGGCCGCGGAGCGCGUCGGGAAAUGGUUUUAAACUGGCGGGCGGUGGCGGCCGAGCAGCCGUUUCUCAAACGCGGGAUUUCAGCUGUGUUCUUGAUCCCAGGACGUCUCAGUUGGAGUUGUUAAGACGCCCUUUUCCGUCUGCAGGCAGAAGCAGGCUCCGCAAGAGUGAGGGGCGCGAAGCUGGGCCGCUAGGGGAUUUCAGUAUAGAUGUGGUUUUGGAGCCAGACUUGAAGAAUUAUUCGUGAAUCCGGAAUGGGUGGCAGAGUCACCACAACAUUUUAUUGACUAUGGAUCCUUAUACACCAGAAUCGACUCCUAGACAAAGUGCAACUUCAGGUCUUAAAGAUUACUUUCUAGGCGCCACCCCAUUGCAGAAACGACUGGAAUCUGUCAGGAAGCAGAUCUCCACUCUCCCAACCCCACCUCGAAGAAAAAUUCCUCAGUGUUCACAGUUGCAGGAAGAUGUUGAUCCUCAAAAGGUUGCGUUCCUUCUGCAUAAACAGUGGACUUUAUAUAGCUUAACUCCCCUGUAUAAGUUCUCCUAUACAAAUCUCAAAGAGUAUUCAAGACUUCUGAGUGCAUUUAUUGCUGCUGAAAAGCAAAAAGGACUUGCUGUGGAAGUGGGAGAAGAUUUCAACAUCAAAGUGAUUUUUUCUACUCUCGUCGGAAUGAAAGGAACACAGAGGGAUCCGGAAGCAUUUCUUGUUCAGAUUCUGUCAAAGUCUCAAUUGCCAGCUCAGAACAGAGAAGGUAAAGUGUUAUGGACCGGUUGGUUCUGCUGUAUAUUUGGAGACAGUCUCCUGGAGACUGUUUCGGAAGAUUUCACCUGUCUACCAUUAUUCCUUGCAAAUGGAGCAGAGUCUAAUACAGCCAUAAUUGGAACUUGGUUUCAGAAAACCUUUGACUGUUGUUUUAGUCCAUUAGCAAUCAGUGCAUUUAAUCUUUCCUGGAUGGCUGCUAUGUGGACUGCAUGUAAAAUGGACCAUUAUUUGGCUACUACUGAGUUUUUCUGGUCUGUGCCUUGUAGCCCUCAGAGUCUGGAUAUUUCUUAUGCAAUACAUCCAGAGGAUGCAAAAGCUUUGUGGGACAGUGUCCACAAGACGCCUGGGGAGGUUACCCAGGAGGAAGUUGACUUAUUUAUGGACUGCCUCUAUUCACAUUUCCAUAGGCAUUUCAAAAUUCAUUUAUCAGCAACAAGACUGGUUCGUGUUUCAACAUCUGUAGCUUCUGCUCAUACUGAUGGAAAAAUAAAGAUUCUGUGUCAUAAAUACCUUAUUGGUGUGUUGGCAUAUUUGACAGAACUGGCAAUUUUUCAAGUUGAAUGAGGCACCUAGUGGACUUCAUGUUAUGGGUUACAUACUCUGUUUUCAUU